CCCAUAUGUCCAAAAAUAGAAUGAGGCAAAAUUAAAGGGACACUCUAAAAAGGAAAUUGGGGCAAAAAUUAAGGGACAGAAGGAGUACAUACUAUUAAAAGCAAAUUUAAGAGGACGUUUGAUAAUGUAUUAUUAUAAAAUUUCCCACCAAAUUACUUUUUUAAAAAAAAUCAUUGUUAUAUAAAAAUAAAGUUUGCAUCUAGAUUAUGACUUUUAUUUUUUUAUAUAAAAUCUAAAGUAAACAUUCUAAAAUAUCUAAAUGGAGACGCACAUAUUUUUAUUAUUUAAUAUAUUUCAUGUGUUUAAUACUUGGUGAAACGAUUCAUUAAUUUUUAUUCAAUCAUAUCGUUAUUAUAAUUAUUCAAUGCACGGGAAUAAACCUAGUUUCCACUAAAAUCUUUAUACAAAAAAAAAAAAUUAAUAAUAAUAAUAAUUCCCACUAAAACGACAAAAGCCAGAAAAAGCUCACUCCAUCUCAACAAUCAACUCAAGUCACCACUGACACUCCCUCACUCAGUCACCCCGCGCAAAUUCGAAUUCAUUUUCAUUUUCAGUAUUUUCACCAAAAACUAAAUACACAAAAAACCCUUCUCUUCCAUUUUCACUCCUCUCAUCCUCCAUUUCCAGAAAUGAAGAAAAGAAGUCAAAGGAGAAACCCUGUUAGAGAGAGAAAACAACCCAAACUUUCUCUCACUAGACCUCUCCAAUCUUUACCCUCUCGUCCUCCCUCUCUUAAACAACACCUCCAAAUUCACGAUUCUUCUAACAACGAACCUCAAUCUGAUUCUUCUAACCUCGCUAUCAAUGCUGCCGAUGCCUCCGAUUUUGGUUCUACCGAAAUUCUUAGUCAGGAUUUCUUUUGCACACCUGAUUACAUUACUCCGGAAUGUCAGAAUUUGUUUGUUGAUUUUGAUGCCAAUAAGGAACAUAUUUCAUGUCCGGCUUCGCCGGAAAAGUUGAAGACUGUCAAGAGUAGAAGAUUAAAUCAAGAUGGCAGCUUUGUAAAAUCUCCAGCUUCUAUGUUGGAUCAUCAACAGGCAGUGGAACUUGCAAAUGAUACAAAUUAUGUGAAUGAAAACAAGACAGGAAAAAUCGCAGCUACUGCAUUGGACAAUGGUCCUAAUUAUGUCCCACAGUCAGCUAUUGCUUUACGUUGCCGUGUUAUGCCACCUCCCUGUUUAAAGAACCCUUAUAUAAAGGAUGCCGUGGAAAUGGAUGUGGAUCCAUUUGGAAGUUGGAGAACAAAGUGUUCAGGUUAUCUCUCUGCGUCUGCUGGUGCUGAAAGCAUGUCACGCUACCGUACAGACUUCCAAGAAAUAGAGCAAAUUGGAAGUGGAAACUUCAGUCAUGUAUAUAAAGUCUUGAAGAGAAUUGAUGGUUGCCUCUAUGCUGUAAAACGUAGCACUAAGCAAUUGUGCCUAGACACAGAAAGGCGGAAAGCUUUGAUGGAAGUUCAAGCACUGGCUGCUCUAGGAUUUCACGAAAAUAUAGUUGCUUAUCACACUUCCUGGUUUGAAAAUGAGCAACUGUAUAUACAAAUGGAGCUUUGUGACUAUAGUCUUUCCAGUUAUAAUACAUCUUGCUCGCUUACUGAGGAAGAAGUUUUGGAGGUUUUUUUACAGAUCGCCAGAGCAUUGCAAUACAUACAUGCAGGAGGAAUUGCUCACUUAGAUGUAAAGCCAGAAAACAUUUAUGUCAAAAAUGGUAGCUAUAAGCUUGGUGACUUUGGUUGUGCCACACUGCUAGAUAAUAGUCUUCCCAUUGAAGAAGGCGAUGCACGCUAUAUGCCUCAAGAAAUCUUGAACGAGAAGUAUGAUCAUCUUGAUAAAGUUGAUAUAUUUUCACUGGGGGUUUCUAUCUAUGAGCUUUUGCGAGGUUCAUCAUUGCCAGAUGCUGUGCAUCAGGUUUUGAGGGAGGGGAAACUACCACUGCUUCCUAGCAAUUCACUGCAGUUACAAAACUUGAUCAAGCUCAUGGUGGAUCCAGAUCCAACAAGGCGACCUUCUGCUAGAGAACUGGUAAAAAACCCAAUUUUCACCAGAAUAUUGUAAACAGGUGUUUUCAAGUAUGAUAAUUUUGGAUGGUUAAGGUUUCUCAUAAGACCUGCUGAGAAAGAAGGCCAAGCAUAUUUAAAGCCUCUAGGAUUACAGCCCCUGAAUACGAGUCCAGAAAUACUAAUCAUGAAUCUAUCUAAUUUAACUGUCGAUUAUCUAUCAUUGAUGCACCGAUUUUUGCCUUCAUGUAUGGUGCACAAUUUGUAAAUGUAUGAAUAUUGACAAUUGCAUGUGUAAUGAGGGGGCCUGUUACAUCUUUAUUGUAAUGUUGGCUGUGAUAUUAAUGGAAACUGACUUUUG